AUGAACUUACAACAUCAAGACAAUGAACCAGAUCUCUGUUCUAGGCAUGAACGACUUUUACUUCUCUAUAUUGUUAGAAGCUUUCACACCAAUUUUGGUCGUCGGGAAAUACUAAGAGAAAUAUUCCAGGAUAUUCCGCAUGAUCCUUACUCAAAAAAUAUAAUUGUUAGACAUGUUUUCAUAUUUGGUAAAACAAAAAAUUCUACAUUAGAAUCCUUAAUUCAGAACGAGAGUAAUAAGUAUAGAGAUAUCAUUCAGGAAGAUUUUAUGGAGUCCUACACUAAUGUUUCAUUAAAAACAAUAAUGGCGUGGAAAUGGAGUGUAGAAUUUUGUGGUAACGCUGAUUAUGUGAUGGUCAUGAACGAUGAACUUUUUGUAGAUCAAUACAAAUUGGUGCCUUAUCUCCAUUAUCAGUUGCUUCAAUCAACACGUAAAGAUCGUUUUGUAGCCUGUUACAGAUAUGAAGAUUCAGGAGAUGUAAAAUUCUUUCACGAAGUGAAACACGUUCCUCAGAAUAUUCUUUACAAAGGAAAGCGCUAUCCCCGAUUUUGUAAUGGCGUGGGUUAUGUGGCACAUAUUUUUCUAAUUAAUAAACUGUAUAUUGCUGCAUUGGACAACCAUGUUUUUAUGCCUGAUGAUGCUUGGAAUGGACUUUUAUCAGAAAAAUUGAACAUAGAGCUACCUUACUCAAAUAAAUUUUAUGAAUUUUACAAUCCUAUUCAGAAAUUUUCUUCACCUGAUUAUGAGUCAAGUGUCCUAAUGUUUGCAGUAACUGAUAAGAGAAGUAAUAGGAAUCACGUGGAAGCUAUAGAAGAAAAACUUUUAACCAUUUUGGCUAAUCGCAGCGCCAAGAACCAAGGAGAAAUUUUGUAUAUUGAACAUAAUACAGACGAAAUAUCUUAUAUUCGUGUGUGGCUGAUAAUUAUAGCAAUAAUCCUAUGUUUUGUACUUCACAAAAAAAGAAAAUAUUUUCGAAGGUUCUCAAUUAUAUAUUUCAAAAUUUGGCAUUUAUGUAAUUUUUUUUAAUAUAAUUUAUAAAUACAAUUCAUAAAAUAUUUGG